GUGCGUUGGAAAUCCACAGAGCCAUCUCUCCGGUGUUGGAUAAUGGUCCAGCCUCCUCCACUGGUCUCCAUGUCACACAGCACCUGGAAGGAUGGCAGAGUCUCCGUGGAAGAGCAGUUUCGGACAGAGAUCUGAUGCUGGAUUCCAAGAAUUGGCAACCCCUGUGGAGCUCAUUCCAGCCCUGAACUGGAAGCAUGGAAAUAGAUUUUGCUAAGUCUCCAAAGUACGCUUGUCAAGGCUUCAGUGCAGUAUAGAGGAAGGAUCGCUUCCUCUACAUCUGUCUGUCUGUCUGUCUUCUUUCCCUGGGCCACUUGGAUCCUGUUGCCAAGAAGACAGCAGAGCCCAGUCAAGCCAUCCAGAGACCUUCACCAAAGGAAGAUCUUACCUUAGAUACUACAGACCCCAACCACUGAAAGCCAUACCUGCAUUCCAACAAGCAAGCAGGAAACAGUCAUGGCCACUCUGAGUGUAAAGCCAGGCCAGAGGUUCACGCUGCCAGACUGGCAUACCAAUUCUGACCUCCUCUCAACCAAUGCUCAGCGCCAACGCUCUGCUUCCCACCAGAUCAGGCAAGAAACCCGGAUCCUUCGCAAUGAAACAAAUAAUCAGACAAAAUGGGAUGAGCAUGAUAACCGCACUCGUCUUAAUGAGCGUCUUGACGCUGUCAAUCGAUGGAAAGAAACUCUGGAUAAGUGCCUCACCGACAUGGACACGGAAAUAAAUAGCUUGACUCAAAUGAAGGAGGCAGCUGAACGUGCCCUCCAAGCCAAAAACCUGCCGUUGGAUGUGGCCAUUGAAAACCUUACUCUCCGUGAGAGCCGCCGAGCCAUUGACGUCGUGAAGGACCAUGUGGAGGAUGAGCUGCACAAGGAAGUGGAAGUGAUUGAUGCCACCAAGAGAGACCUUCAGCAGAAAGUCAGUGAGGCUUUUGAGCAGCUCUGUCUCUUACAGGAGGCCCGGCAGCAGUUAAAUUUCGAUCACCGAGGGAAGAAGGAAGCCCUGGAGAUCGACCAGACCUGUCUUUCGCUCAGUGUCAACUCUCCCAACAUUUCGUACAAAGUCAACCCUACCCGGUUGCCAGUUGGGACAGUCACACCAGAGCAGUGGGACCAGUUCAGUAAAUACAACACGGAUCGGGCAGAGACAGAAAUGAAAGCAUCCACAGAAUUGAGAGAGGCCGUCGCUCUCACCAUUGCACAGACCGACAAUGAGUUGGAAGCUCAGCGGGUGGCUACCGAAUUUGCUUUCCGGAAGAGGAUCCAUGAUCUGGAAAAAGCUCUUGAUGAGCUGAGAUGGCAAGAAAAGAACACAUUGGAAGAAAUUGCUGAGAUGGAGGAGGACAUUAGACGUCUGGAGGAAGAUCUCAAAAGGAAAAUGGCCAGUCUGAAACUGGUUCACACUCGCCUGGAGACUCGGACUUACCGCCCCAACAUGGAGCUUUGCCGUGACCAGGCUCAACAUGGAUUAACAGAUGAACUUCAUCAACUAGAAGGCACCAUAGCUGCAUUAAAGCAAAAAAUGGCACAGUCACAGGAUGCUCUGGAUGCCCUCUAUAAGCACCUGUACCGCAUCCAGACAGAUAUUUCCUACAAGAUGAACUCUCUGGUGCUAGAUAACAAGUGUAUGGAUGGCAGGCGAAAGCUGACGGUUCCGGCUGAGAAAUUUGUGCCAGAAGUGGACACUUUCAACCGCACGACCAACCGUACUCUCUCACCUCUCAAAAGCCGGCAACUGGAGCUGGCCUAGGAUAACUGAGAACAUCGUAGGUGUUCCCAGGACUGACCAAGGCUACUGUCUGCCUUGGAUGAGAAUGACUCAAGUCAUUUUCUCCUUGCCCCUUCCCAGAGUUGUGUAUUUGCUCUUUAUUUGAUUCUCACAUCUUUGGUUAUAUUGCUUAAAAAAAAAAUUGGAUGACUCAUUAAAAAGGCUGCCCUUGGCUACAGGUGUGGUCAAGCCAUUAA